CGCAGGGAGGUGCCGCUGGCCGCGAGCGCCGGUGAUCUGGAGACUGAUCCUACUUGGUCCACAGGAACUAUUCAACAUUAAAUAAAAUGUCUUCCACCAAACCUUCAAAUGAAAAUGAAACACUCAAAGAGAGAAAACCAGGACUGAGGAGUGUUCAGACAACUAUGCUUUUCAGGGCUGUGAACCCCGAGCUUUUCAUUAAACCUAACAAACCUGUGAUGGCAUUUGGACUGAUAGCAAUUAGCCUCUGUGUGGCCUAUCUUGGUUAUUUGCAUGCAACUGCAGAGAAUAAAAAGGACCUCUACGAAGCAGUCGACAGUGAGGGGUCCAGAUAUAUGAGGAGGAAAACUUCCAAGUGGGACUGAGAAUGUAAGAAAGAAAAUGAGUAAAUCACUCACAGAAUUUUUCAAGGCAACUACUGUUUUUUUUCCCUUUCCCUUGAACUAAUGGACAAAUGUCUCUCCUGCAUUUUAAUCCAAUUCAGGUUCCUUUAUAAAAUGCUCUGCCUGUACAAAUAAACUUCAGUAAAGAUACAUGUGAAAAUAAAAUAAAAAUAAAAGAAUUGUUCUUUGUGAUCUCCAGAGAGAUCACUGUUGGAAGAUAUGAAGUCACUUCAGACCUGCAGUCAGUACUGGUAAAUGCCUUAGAAACUGACAUGAUAGUUCAGCUUUCUCUUUGCUCUGAUUAAAUGAAGACAGAGGUUUAUCCUUUUUUUUUUUUUUUAAACAGAAUGAAUAAUGUGUUGUCUGUGAAAAGAAAAGUAGAUAUCUUGAUCUGUGGAUAACAGUGGUGCAAGUAAACUAAUUUUAAGGCAAGGAAGAUCUCAUAAAGCAAUUGGUGAAGGGUUUUAUUUCAUAAAGGAAACUGUAAAAUACUAGCCAAAAUAAUCCUUGGAUGCUUAAUAUACUCUUCCUUACAAAUAAAAGGUAAAUCAGUAGCCAAAUAGAGGAGAAAAAGUGAAACAAGUGCGUCUGUUAAGAGAAAGGUAGGAAGAAUUCAGCCAUUAUAUUUCUUGUUUGGCAUCAUAUAACAGGUCAGUAAGUGUGCUGUCAUCGGCCUUCCAGUUGAUAGCUUUAGCUCCAGGUUGGCUGGAGUUUUUGUAAUAUUCUUGACUAAUCAGCAGGACUAGUUUUAUUUCAACUGCAUUCAAAAAUUAAACUUCUCUAUAUUGCAAAGUACGUUGCAUUACAUGACAUUAAUUUAUUGCAGGUUACUGAACUCCAGAUAAGGAAUGGGAAGUCUAAAAUCCCCAGGUACUGCUGUGAGUGUGGCUGGAGGGUGGGCAGGCAUUGUGGCAUUUCCCUAGCAGAUGUGGUGGUCCCUUGUGAGCCUUUGAGCAAACUGUACAGGCAGGUGUCUUCCUGUUCCAGCACUGAGUCCUUCUCUCAGGAGCUUGCCAGCUGUUUCUGGGUGCCUGACAUCCUAGACGGUGUCCCAUUAACCAUGCUCCAGAACAUGUGGUGGGAGGGCACAUAUCAGGCUGUGAUCUGUUUCUACCAUAUAGCCUUAUUGUUGUUAGGUUGCAGUUUUCUGUUCAGUUUCUUGUAUUUACAGACCCAACAAGGGCACUCAGGAAGCUGAGAGGCUUCUUUGUCAACCCUCUUCUGACCAAGGUGGCUUGUGUCAGGCCAGAGAAGGAACAUGCAGGAACUCCUGCUUUGCCUCUCUGGGAGUUGCUUUGGGUUUUAUCAGAAGAUUUAGGUACUGAAGAUAAAAAAGGUGACUGACUGACUUGAGAGACAGCAGUUGCACUGUGGGAUUUCUCUGUAUCUCCCUCUAAAUCCCUUAAUUUUGAAUCUGUGAGUUUACUCCUGUUCUUGUUUUAUAGUUAACUAUCUUAAAUUCAGCAGGGCUUUGAUUAAGCUGCCUCCUUUCUGAGAAAGAAAGUGAGCUCUACCUAUAAAAAAGCCUUUUUCUAAAAAAGGGGGCAUUUUUGCAACUUUUAAAAGCAGAUUCCCCUCUGUGAUCCUGCUGCCCUACAACAGCAAGGUUCCUGAGCAAAUGUAAGGUGAGGUGAGGAAACCACUUGCCUUUUGAUUGGUGAAGGAAUUUCUGGGUGAAAUUAUCAAAUAUUCAGAACUCUCACAUGCUGUGCAUAUCCUGCAGAAUAUAGUUGGUUUGGUCUUUGUGAAGGAUCUUUAGAAUAAAUCUGUUCUUUUAAAAAUAGUCACACAGGAUUUUAGCUCUUUUCAGUUCAUUAAAAUGCUCAGGUCUCAUACAUUUGCAUGAAUUUAACUAAAUUAUGCCCAAAUCAGAGCUACGAGUAAGUAUUUUACCUGUUUUUCUGCAGGUUUUUAGAAUACAUGCUUUGAUCCUCUGCAGAUGUCUGCAGAUUAAUUGAAAGCCCACUCUCUUAUUCUCACAUGUUUGGGAAUAAUGCGGGAUUUGUAUUCUCAAGAUUUUCAGUUAUGUUUUGUGAAGUGUAUAUGGAUCUGGCAGUUACUGAGGAAAAAAAAAUGUGGGAGGCAUAAAAGAUAAUAGUAGACUGACCUGGACAGGGUGUAGGCAUGUGCAUGCCAGAGACACUUCUUACAAAAGCUGUCUGAGAUGGGGCCCCUUGAAUGCUGGCUGGACUCAAGUCCUGUUAACAAGUUACUUUGGAACUUGGAGGAUGAAGAAAGAAUGGGUAUUUAAAUUUGUCCUAUUAUUUCUCUGGCAGCUGCUGUACAGAUAACUUAAUGAUACACAAUUUAUAUAGAAAAAAGAGAUAAAGCAGUGCAAAUACAGAGAGGUAUGUGGUAGGUUAAUGAAUGUUACAGUAUCAACACAGGCAUUUGCUGCUUUAAGUACCUGAUUUUUAUCAUAAGAACAAUGUGUGUAUAGGGAUUAAAGGGGAGGAAAAAAACCCACCCAAGCAAAACUGCUUUGAUACCAAAAUUUGUUUGCUCAGCUCUGAAAGCAUGACACCCCUUAUAUGUCUUGGAGGACAAACACAUAGCACCAGUAUAGUUUUUUUUGUUCCAUGUUUCUCAAUUUCAGUCUUCAGUAUUGUGAUAAUUAUCUAUAAUGGAUGAUAACUGGCUUGACAAAAACUGUGAGUCAAAAUUAUUUCCUGGGCAGAGGCUCUUUGAGAUUUUUGCCAGUUCCUUACUGUCUGUGCUGACUUUCACAUCUUUUACCAAGAACAGCAACAAAAUGCUGUGAUUAAAAUAUCCAAAACUGUAGCUUUUGUACUGUUCCUAAGAUCUCCUUAGACUACGUGGUGUGAAUGGGAGUUGCUGGCAUUCAACAAGAAAAAGCAAUUAAACUA